UCGCGGCGAGUUUCGUAGCGGCGGCAGCGCGGCGCGGUCGGUGGCGCAGCUCAGCGGGUGCCUCGCCCGUAGAUGGCAGCCCGAGCGGGCUCUGCCAUGGCCCCCCACAGGCCGCGCCGCUCUUAGGAGGGGGAGACGGUCCGAACAUUCGCCUUUUUGCCCGCCCGCCCACCUCGCCGGCUGGGAGCCAGCGGCCACCGCCGCCGACAUGUCGCUGGCUAUGGAAGAGGAUGAGUACGCCAGGCUGGUGAUGGAGUCAGAGCCUGAGUGGCUGCGGAACGAGAUCAAGCGGCUCUUCCAGGAGCUGGGCGAGACCACCCGGGAGAAGAUCCAAGCGGCGGAGUAUGGGCUGGCCGUGCUGGAGGAGAAGCAGCAGCUGAAGCAGCAGUAUGAGGAGCUAGAGCUGGAGUACGAAACCAUCCGCACCGAGAUGGAACAGCUGAAGGAGGCCUUUGGGCAGGCCCAUACAAACCACAAGAAGGUAGCAGCAGAUGGGGAGAGCAGAGAGGAGACCUUGAUUCAGGAAUCGGCUACCAAGGAAGAGUACUACAUGAAGAAGGUUAUGGAAUUGCAGACAGAACUGAAGCAGCUCAGAAACAUCCUUGCCAACACUCAGUCUGAAAACGAACGCCUUAAUUCUGUUGCACAGGAGCUGAAAGAGGUCAACCAGAAUGUGGAGAUCCAAAGGGCCCGGCUGCGAGAUGACAUUAAGGAAUAUAAAUUCAGAGAAGCUCGUUUGCUGCAAGACUACACUGAGCUUGAGGAGGAAAACAUCUGUCUCCAGAAACAAGUGUCUGUCCUGAAGCAAAACCAGGUGGAGUUUGAAGGCUUGAAGCAUGAAAUCAAAAGGCUUGAAGAGGAGACAGAAUUUCUCAACAGCCAGCUGGAAGAUGCCAUACGGCUGAAGGAGAUCUCGGAACGCCAGCUGGAGGAGGCCUUAGAGACACUGAAGACGGAGCGAGAGCAGAAGAACAACCUCCGCAAGGAGCUCUCUCACUACAUGAACAUCAACGACUCCAUGUACAACAGCCACCUGAACAUCUCCCUGGACGGGCUGAAGUUCAGCGAUGAGGCCACGGAGCCCAACAACGAUGAAAUCGUGAAUGGGUUUGAGCAAAACUGCCUCGGCAAGCUCAGCAACGGCAAGAACAGUACCUCAACACCCAAGAAAAACGAGAGCUUCCCUCCAGCCCCGAGCCUGGUGUCAGAUCUGCUGAGUGAACUGAACAUUUCUGAAAUCCAGAAGCUGAAACAACAGCUCAUGCAGAUGGAAAGAGAAAAGGUGAACUUGUUAACAACGUUACAGGAAUCUCAGAAGCAGCUGGAAAAUACGCGGGGGGCCCUCUCAGAGCAGCAUGAGAAAGUUGGCAGACUCACAGAAAACUUGAAUGCGAUGAAGAAGCUCCAGGUCAGCAAGGAGCGCCAGUCUGCCCUCGACAACGAGAAGGACAGAGACAGCCAUGAAGAUGGAGACUAUUACGAAGUUGACAUCAAUGGGCCAGAGAUCCUGGAGUGCAAGUACAAAGUGGCUGUGGCAGAGAUCACUGACCUUAAAGAAGAGCUCAAAAAUCUUAAGGCCAAAUACAAAGAAUGUGAGACUAAGUAUGAAGAUGAGAAGAGCAGGUAUGAGACUGAGAACCAAGCUCUCACAGAAAGGAUCUCCUCUCUAGAGAAGUCCAGCAGGCAUGAUAGAGAGCAGGUGGCCAGACUGGAGAAGGAGCUGAAGAAAGUCAGUGAUGUUGCUGGGGAGACACAGGGCAGCCUCAGCGUGGCACAAGAUGAACUAGUCACCUUCAGCGAAGAACUGGCCAAUCUGUACCACCAUGUCUGCAUGUGCAACAAUGAAACUCCAAACAGGGUGAUGCUGGAUUACUACAAGGAAGGGAAAGGUGGGCGCAGCAGCCCAGAGACCAAGGGAAGAAGGUCUCCCAUUCUUCUUUCUAAGGGGCUGUUGACUAUAGAGCUAGGAAAGGCUGAGAGCGGAAGCGGUGACAGCAGCCCAUCUCCAGUGUCAUCUCUCCCAUCUCCUGUGUCAGACCCUCGGAAAGAGCCGAUGAAUAUUUACAACUUGAUUGCUAUCAUCCGGGAUCAGAUCAAACACCUGCAGGCUGCUGUGGACAGGACAACUGAGUUGUCCAGGCAGCGUGUGGCCACUCAGGAACUUGGGCCAGUGGUGGACAAAGACAAGGAAGCUCUCAUGGAAGAAAUCCUCAAGUUGAAGUCCCUGCUGAGCACCAAGAGAGAACAGAUAGCAACUCUGAGAACUGUGCUGAAGGCCAACAAACAGACUGCAGAGGUAGCCCUUGCCAACUUAAAGAGCAAGUAUGAAAAUGAGAAAGCUAUGGUGACAGAGACGAUGAUGAAGCUGCGCAACGAGCUGAAGGCUUUGAAGGAAGAUGCUGCUACCUUCUCUUCCCUGAGAGCGAUGUUUGCUACAAGAUGCGAUGAGUACGUCACACAGCUGGACGAAAUGCAGCGGCAGCUGGCAGCGGCUGAGGAUGAGAAGAAGACUCUGAACUCCUUGCUCCGGAUGGCUAUCCAGCAGAAGCUGGCACUGACCCAGCGCCUGGAGCACUUGGAGCUGGACCACGAGCAGGCCAAAAGGGUGCGCACAAAGUCUGCUUCCAAAGCCAAGGGCCCGAAUCCUGGCGUAAGUCACAUUCGGUCCUGCGGAGACAGGUCUGAAGGGUCUGUCCUCAACAACCAGGUGUUUUGUGGUGAGAAAUAUAAAAUCUAUUGUGACUAGGCCAGGGGGCCAGGAAAAUCACUUCCUGCCUCUUGUCUGAUGCUGUAAUGUCAACGUAAAUCCCCGCUACCUAAUGUGGCAGUGAAUUGACUCGUUCUAGUGCGGCGUUGAGCCAGGUAAUACAAAUCUGGUGGUCUUAACUGUAAUUCCUGAGCAUGGGGGUGCUAUUAACAAGUUCAUGGUGGAGACAAAUUAGCUCUUUCCACAGUUACUGUGUCAGGGUUUUGCUGUUGAUGGUAAGUGUUAGAGGAGCACACUCGGCAGAGGAUACCCGGUGCUGCUAAUUGUAGUUUGUACAGCACCAGCAGGAUCCUUUCUCUGGGGCUGUGGCACACUUCAAUAAAGGCUUUUAUAGGCAGACACAAACAGGAAACUUUCCUUCUGAUUGUGGCUUGAGAAGUGGUGAAAAGCAAACAUUAAAAUUAGAGGUAUGUGUUGAAAAUGCAGAGCAUUUCGAAACAGGAAGCAAAGUGAAUUUGCUAUGAAUAUGCUGUCCCAUCACCACUGACCAAGGCCUUGAAGCUUUUAUAGGCUACAAAAGCUAGAAAAAACACUUGGGAAGGGUACAUUAUUUAGACUGCUUCCCUCUCUUCUGAGGGGUAACCAGAAGAAACUUGCACAUUUGAAUAAAAAGAUAUGCAAUAUUUACCCCAUUUGAUAGAUAAGGUAAAACUCCAAGAAUUGGGAUCCUACUGGUACAGUUCCACUUUGAGAAGCUGUGCUGUGGAAGUGUCAUGUCCUGAAAGGAUCUGGAUGGGCUCGUGUGGCUCCUGGCAAGCAGAACACUUUGGAAGGAAUCUGUUUUAUGUCUUGCUGUAGCCACACGGCAUACCUGUGUAGAAUUAACAUGACUGUGGCCUAGGAUUGUCAGUCACAAACUAGUUUUCCUCAGCUUUCAGUAUGAAUCUGAAUAGGAUAGAGUAUUGCAGAGCUCUGAUCUCUUGUUUUUAAAGACACAAAAGCUGUUGCAUUCCUUAUGCAAGCAUGUGUUCCACAUUAUAGGCACAGGAAAUGGAAUGAGAUCAUCCUGCUAAUCAUUAUUUAUGAAGUAGCUUAGUUUGCAAAUUAAUCUUUAAAAACAAACCUUUGUCUGCUGAUGAACUUGUAAGGGGCCUUUUUAGCCACUUCAUUACACUAUGUUUGAUAACAUAAAAGUGUACUUCAUAAUUGGUGCCUAAUGAGAGAGAGAGAUGGGAAACAUUGCUUCUAAACUGGUGGAGACUGUGUGGAGCACAUGAAGGCACACUUCUUGAACCCAGAGUUUUAAAGUGCCUAGCCUCAGACUUCAGUUUCAUGUAAAGCCCUCUUUGUUUUGUACUCUUUCAGAUCAUUUUGUAUGCCUCUGGUAUUGCUAAGAGCAGUGUGAGCCGGCACAGCUGUGUGCUCAGCAGCGCUGUGCUCUGCUGCCGUUCGGCGUUCUGCUGGGCCACUGCCUCAUCUCGCCACCAUUCCUUUAGCUGACCAGCAGCUUGCUUCCUGGGCACACUGCUCUAUCUAUAAGUAGCCAGGAGAUGCCACAGUACUGACAGAAGGAAGCCUUCUGGGAUUUUGGCUUCCCAGAUAAUGGAAGGGGAAGGCUUCUAAAAGAAUAUGAUGAGGAUUCAUAUUCUAAAUGAAUAUAAAUGGAAUUGUAGAAACCUUGCUACAAAACUGGGCAACAGCAGAAUACCACAGUUCAGAGCCAGAAUUGCAUUUGCCAGUAUUGAGAGGAGGGAAAAACCCCAAAGUGAUUUCAGUCUGUGUUGCUCAAAAAUC